CUCCGUCUCUUGAGACUCCACACACCAACGAGAACAACAACCAUGGUUGCACGAAAGAUCCAAACUUUGACGCAUGCGAUACGAGAGGACCACCAGGAGAUGUACGAGUACUACGAAAACUACCAAAAAUCCGCAGGCGACCUCGACGCUCAAGCACGCUGGGCACGGCAGCUCACGUGGGAGAUUGCCCGGCACGCAGUCGCGGAGGAGAUUGUCGUCUACCCGCUUAUGGAGGAGCUGCUUGGCGACGAGGGAAAACGGUUGGCAGACCAUGACCGCGCAGAGCACCAGCGGGUAAAAGAAAGUCUGUCCAAACUCGAAUCGCUGACGCCGGGGACAACUGCAUACGACCAAGUCAUUGACCCGAUGAUGGUCGGCCUCAGACAUCACAACAACGACGAGGAGACGAAGGACCUGCCGCUGCUCGAGCCCAAGCUCGACUACCGCGAGGAGGGCAUCAGCAAGAAUGCGGCGACGGAUUUCAUGCGCACUAAGAAGUUCGUCCCGACACGGGGUCAUCCGGGAAUUCCGAAUAAACCGCCGUUCGAGACAUUGGUUGGGUUUAUGAUGGCCCCGGUGGAUAAAUUGAAGGAUGCAUUUGCAAAGUUCCCGACGGAGGAGAUGGAGGCUGCGGCGGAGCGCGAUGAAAAGCAUUGA